ACACAUGAUGAGGAUGAGAGUGACUCGACAUUCAGGUGCGGCGGCCUCUGAUGGGCGGAUCUGAUCCCUGCGGCCGCUGGACACUGUCCGAACUUCCCAUGAACACUGGAUAAUACAGCAGGACUAACUAACACUGACUGACAAGCCCAGCAGAGACUUCCGCCACGUCUUUCGUGUUUUCCACAAUUGUUCGGAACAUAUGAUGUGUUCUCGGUGAGCUCUUCUAUACCUCCGAGUUUGAUCUUAUUAUCUCGCGGUCAUGUGGUAGAACAUCUGCGGCUAGUUAAGAAGCUAGCCUAGCUGAGUUUCAAAACAACGGCGAAAUGUGGACAAACGCCCCUCGAGUUGAGUAAUGGUUAAGUUUUCAUCAAGCUGUUGAAGACGGAACAUGGAAAAGCAGAUCAAGACGAUAAGGUCAAUUUGAGCUUUAGUAGGAACGCUUGUUUUUACAGGCUAUAGGACUCUAAGCGAGGGUACUGAAUGAGGCAACCUCCAAUUCAACGGCACAUGGGUUGACAAAGUGAAGGAAUCCAAAAGUGCCUGGAUGUUUUGGUUAAACCAGCAGAAUGGGAUUACAGUAACCGAGAUGCAAUCUACAUAUCAGAGAAAUCAAGAUUUAGAGACACAUCUCAAACAAUCCGGCCUGUUCUCCAAAUGACUUUGUUCCUUUACCCUCAUAAAUCAGCUGUUUCUGUAGUGUUAAUAGAUAUUAAACUUUAGCUAUGUGGUAAUCUGUUUGAACUGGAGGGCGAGUCCGUAGAAUAAGUUCCACAUAGAUUUUAACUACGGUCUCCCAAUGUGGACGAAAGCAAUACAAAUAUCAUUUGAAAUUUAAAUAGUGUUUUUACAUGAACUUGUUUAUUGCACUGAGGAAUCAAAUGUAUCGCAGACAAUACCCCAUCAAUGAAAUGCAAAAGUCAGCUGGAAUUGAUAAAUGACAAUGCACUGCAGUCAGCUGUCAGCCGUGAGUUGGUUGUAAGGAACUGUCGGUGCUGAUGAUUUAAUUCAAGGUUGGAUUCUGAGGAAAUCUGGAAAGACAAUCAAAUGAUGCUUGCAGUGUAUCACCCAAAACCUUCCGCACUGAACGACCGGGUACUUUAAGAUCUUAAACGAGUGAUUUUGAGGAGUUGAGAGCUGAUCAGAAGAAUGGCAGGAAAAGACUACCAUCAUCUCUUCAAGCUGCUCAUCAUUGGUGACUCCAAUGUAGGGAAAAGCAGUUUGCUUCUACGAUUUGCAGACAACUCAUUCUCUGGCAGUUACAUAACCACCAUUGGAGUUGACUUUAAGAUUAGAACUGUAGAGAUUGAUGGAGAAAGAGUAAAACUCCAGAUCUGGGACACUGCAGGGCAGGAAAGGUUCAGAACCAUCACCUCUACUUAUUACAGAAACACACAUGGUGUCAUCAUUGUUUAUGAUGUCACAAACCCUGAAUCUUUCGUCAAUGUGAAAAGAUGGAUAAAUGAGAUCUCACAGAACUGUGACAAUGUCUGCAAAAUUUUAGUGGGAAACAAGAAUGAUGAUCCUUCUAAAAGGCUUGUGGAUGCACAAGAUGCUCAGCGUUUUGCAGAGUCAGUUGGUGUGAGAAUGUUUGAGACAAGUGCUAAAGAGAACAUCAAUGUAGAAGAGAUGUUCAUGGCUUUCACCCACAUGGUCCUCCGGGCGAAGAAACAGAGCCAGAGUCGAGCCGAACGAGAACGGGAGAGAGAAAAGGACACAGUCCAUAUCAAUUCCCACAGGGACAGAGAGAGGAGAAAGAAAGGGAAGAAAUGCUGUUAAAGCAAAAGUCUUUGCACGUGUGGAAAGAGGGACAAAUCAAACACCUUCGCUUUGCAACAAGACCUUUUUUUCUUAAUAUGGACUAAAAGACAAGAAAAGAAAAUAACCUAUUAAGUGCCGAACUUCACUGUUUGUUUUAAACACUUUUUUACAAGAGGGCAAUUAACUUCCUUUAAAAAACACUGGCAUCAAAAGUCUGGUCCGAGAAAGACAUGUAUGAACUGUUCUAAUGUGUUGGUGUUACUGUGAUUAGUGAGAGAUGAUGUUUAGUGUUUAAUUAAAAAUAUGUAUAGGCCCUAUGUCAAUACUGUAUGCAAAUAAUAAAAUAGCAAUAAAAUUCUUUUAAAUCGCAAACACCACAACAAUGUUUAUUUCUAAGCAUUUGAAAGAUCAAGUGGCUGUUGCAUGAACUCUAUGGCAUCUCGUGUUACAUAACAGUUCGACCUAUAUUAUGUCACUUAAUUGCUCAUUCCUUGUUUUUCAUGGAUUUACCUUAACUGAAUAAAAAAAGUGAAAGAG